GUCCUAGCUGAUCUGAUUCAAUGACAGGCUGCAAAUAUCCUUGCAGUUUCACCAACUCACUGCUGCAGCCCAGCUGUGUACACUGUAGUGGGAGACACUGCCCCUUCACAGCAGCACGGUCACAGCCUCAGGUGCCAUCUGUGGGCAAAGUUGCAUGACGUUCUGAAAAAGAAAUGAAACAGUGUCUGCGGGAUAUUAUUAUCUUACCACAUCCAAAUUUUUCUCCUCAAAGCACAGAAAAGCUACUACAUGGCACAUUCAUGAAUCUAACUUAAUUUCUGAGAACAAUCACAACUGUCCAUAUUUAGGGCCAAAAUGUAUUUGUCACGGAGAAAGAGACUUCAGUGGAGUCGGAUCCUGUUCUUUGUCUCUGGUGUUCUGUUGUGCUGUAUCUACCAGUUGAGUCUGAGGGCAAGGAUGACGGAGCCCUGGCCAGAAGCUCAGAUUGCAGAGUACCCACAGGAAGAGAAGAAGCCUUCAACUGAAACUACCACGCCAGUGGUAGAAGUACUUAGCCACACUGUGGUGGAGAAUUUCAUAGAGAGAACAACUACAGGAACAACUACAGAAACAACUACAGCAACAACUACAUCAACAAUUACAGCGACAACUACAGCAACAACCACAGAACCAACCACAGAAUUGCCCACAUCUACAACCACCAAUCGGACUAACCUCAGGCAAUGCAUCUAUGUGGACCCUGAACCGUCCAAGACCACCGUAGCACCCGCACUGACCCCUUUUCCCAACACCACCGCCCCCAUGCCCAACACCACCUUCUCCUCCCCCGGCAGUGCCCCACUCAUGAAGGGUGAGUAUCCCAAGGACUUGUUCUCGGUGGAGCAGCGGCGACAGGGCUGGGUAGCACUGCACAUCUUUGGGAUGGUCUACAUGUUCGUGUCCCUGGCCAUCGUCUGUGAUGAGUUCUUUGUGCCGGCCCUGGGGGUCAUCACUGACAAACUGGCCAUCUCGGACGAUGUGGCGGGAGCCACGUUCAUGGCCGCAGGGGGUUCGGCUCCGGAGCUCUUCAUGUCCCUGAUCGGGGUCUUCAUCGCCCACAGUAACGUGGGCAUCGGGACCAUUGUGGGCUCGGCCGUCUUCAACAUCCUCUUUGUCAUUGGGAUGUGUGCCAUCUUCUCACGGGAGAUGCUCCACCUCACCUGGUGGCCUCUGUUCCGGGAUGUGUCCUUCUACAUCCUGGACCUCAUCAUGCUCAUCAUCUUCUUCCUGGACAAUACCAUCAUGUGGUGGGAAAGCCUGAUGCUGCUGAUGGCGUAUUGUUCCUACGUCCUUUUCAUGAAGUACAACGUGCAACUGGAGCAAGCCUUCAAAGGGCAGCUCAGCAAACACAAAAAUAUUAUUAAGGUCUUCACUGUGGAGGAGCCAGAGAAGGGCAAUGGAUCUAGACCUGCUGGGGACAAUAAACCUGAAAAUCAAGAGGCCAAGAAUCAUUUAUUGUUGAAGCCUCCCCUGCAGAGAGGGGGCAGCUCUGCCUCCCUGCACAACAGCACCAUGAGGAGCACCAUCUUGCAGCUGAUGAUCCACAGCCUGGACCCACUUGGGGAAGUGAAGUUUAAGGACAAGGCUGAAAUCCUGAACAACAUGGCUCAGAGGAAAGAAGGGGGAAAGGAAGAAGAAAAGAAAGAAGAUGCGUCCAGUAAACCUGAGCCCCCAGCCAAGGAGGAGGAGAAACCAUCGCAGGAGGAAGGAGAGAAGGCCCAGGAGGGAGCGGGCUCAGGGGCGCCAGGGGGGGCCGGGGGGUCCGAGGGGUCCGGCAGCAGCAGUGAAGAUGACAGCGAUGACGACAGCGAUGACGACAGUGAGGAGGAUGACGAAGAGGAUGAGGAGGAGAGCGAAGAGCCCCUGUCACUGGAGUGGCCGGACACACGGCGGAAGCAGGCCACCUACCUCUUCCUGCUGCCCAUCGUUUUCCCUUUGUGGCUGACCAUCCCUGACGUCCGCAAUGCGGCCUCAAAGAAGUUCUUUGCAGCUACCUUCCUGGGCUCCAUAAUGUGGAUCGCUGUGUUCUCAUACAUGAUGGCGUGGUGGGCACACCAGGUGGGGGAGACCAUUGGAAUCUCUGAGGAGAUUAUGGGCUUGACCAUCCUGGCAGCGGGGACGUCUAUCCCCGACCUCAUCACCAGCGUCAUCGUGGCCCGCAAGGGCCUGGGCGACAUGGCUGUGUCCAGCUCGGUGGGAAGCAACAUCUUCGACAUCACAGUAGGGCUGCCCGUGCCCUGGCUCCUGUACUCCAGCUUCCACGACCUGCAGCCCGUGGCCGUGAGCAGCAACGGACUCUUCUGCGCCAUCGUGCUGCUCUUCCUCAUGCUCCUCUUCGUCAUCCUCUCCAUCGCGUUCUGCAAGUGGAAGAUGAACAAGGUGCUGGGCUCCACCAUGUUCCUGCUCUACUUCAUCUUCCUGGUACUCAGCGUCUUGCUGGAGGACCGGAUCAUCAUCUGCCCCGUGUCCAUCUGACCAAUGGCUGCUGCUUCUCCGUCACUCUUGCGCCCUCCGCUCACACAGCGCGUGAUUUCCACGGGCUCUCAUUCACCCACUCACUCAGUUAUCCAUGUUUAACGCAUAUAUACGCUGGGAAAGGAAACUCUGGUACAGAUCACACACUGCUGUACUGUACAGACCAGCUUCGUAACAUGCACAUAGUUCAGCUGACUUUAGAUGCAUGUUCCGGCUGCCCACAUGUAAAAUCCAAUAGGCUGUGUC